AUGAACGCCAGGAACAACAUCUUUCAGAUCCUGCGACAGGAGGAUAAGAUAAAGAGGAAGUCGAAGCAGCUGAAGGAGAGCCAGCAGAAGAAGGAGAAUGAGAAGAAGGACGCCAGCAGCUUUUCCUUCGAUAUCAGCAAGUACUCCUCGUGGGCGGAAAUGGUGGACGAGUACGACGAGUUCUUCUACGAGGUGGAGAAGCUGAAUGACCAGGAGAAGAACGGGGCGAAUGACAAUAAGGAAAAGAAGAAAAAGAAAACGAAGAAAAAAAAAAAAGAAGACGACUACAGUGAUGAUAGUAGUGAGGAAGACAAGCAGGACGCAGACCAACCUGUGCAGGCACACAUCGUUGAGAAGGAAACAAAAAACAACAAAGCGGCUAGCACCCCUAAUGUAACGAAGAAGCAAAAUGGAAGUGCCAAUGGGAUUAACAACUUAGCAAAACAAAAGCAAUUGGAGAGAAAAAAAAAAUGCAAAAAGGAAAGAGAAAAAAAUAAGCUAGAAAAUAUUCUCCUAGAAUUUGCAAAUACGUAUAAUAACCCCAACGGGGAAAAGGAAGCAAACGAGGGGGAGGACCUCCUCAAUGGGGGUGAGUCGGUGGAGGUUGCUGUGCCAGGGAGUGGCAAUGGAGGGGCUACGCCCACCGGUGCAGAUGCCAAUGGCCCUGCGGUGGAGAAGCAGGACGAGGGGGACAACGAAGAUAAGCUGAAGAAGAAGGAGAAGAAGAAGAAAAAGGACAAGAAGAAAAAGGAAAAGAAAAAGCAGGAAGAGCUGAACGACUCGCUCAAGAGGGAGGAGCUGGGCGAGGCUGCCCCCGGAGAUGCGGUGGUGAGCGCGGCCGCCAACGGGGAAGCGGGCACGCCCCCCCCCAAGGAGAAGACCCCCAUCGCGGUGAACGAGAAAUUAAAAAUGCUCAUGAACAUGACGGCGAAGAAGAAAAAGAAAAGAGAAAAAAUCGACGAGAUCAUUGCCAUCGUGGAGAGAGAGGAAAGCAUAAAGAAGAAGCAGCAGGAUAAGAUAAAGCAGAAGGAGAAGCAGAAGUUGAAGAUGCUCCAGAAGUCCAUGCAGUGA